AUGAGGAGGAGGGGGAAACUGGACAGCUUAAGAACGGGGCCAAAGCUACCCUUGGCCCCCAUGGAGGAGUUAGUAGCCCUUUGCCUCAAGAGAAGUGUCCUUGAUGAAUCCCUCAGUUACCUUCUUAAGAAAGUCAGCCAGAGGAGAGGUUUGCUGCACCUUUGCUGUAAGAAGCUGAAGGUUUAUACUGUGUCAAAGGAAAACAUUAACAUCCUGGGUAUGGUGCAGCUUAACUCUAUCCAGGAUUUGAAGUUAAAUUGUACCUGGAAGCUGUCCACUCUGAGGAAGUUCACUCCUUUCCUGGGCCAGAUGGGCAAUCUGCGUCGGUUCCUCCUCUCCCAUGUCUUUACGUCUUCUCACACCACCUUGGAGCAGGAGGAGCAUUGUGUUAGCCUGUUCACCGCUCAGUUCCGCAGGCUUUCCUGCCUCCAGGAGCUGUAUUUGGAUGAUGUCUCCAUCCUCAAAGGCCGAUUGGACCAGAUCCUCAGCUGCCUGAAGACCCCCUUGGAGACUCUGUCCAUCACUAGCUGCAUACUCUUAGAAAGUGACUUGAGACAUCUCUCCCAGCAUCUGAAUGUCAGCCAGCUGAAAGUCCUGAAUUUACGGAGGCUCAACUUGACCAACAUCAGUUCUGGCCCCUCCAAUUGCUGUUAG